AUGAAGUCCUGCCUUAUCAUCUCCCUCUUGGGAGCCGCCGUCGCUCCCGCACUCGCCGCAAAGGGCAACCUGACCCCAAUCACCGUCAAGGGCAAUGCCUUCUUCGCCGGUGACAAGCGCUUCUACGUCCGUGGUGUCGCCUACCAGCCCGGUGGCGCCGCUGACGCACAGGACCCUCUGCUCGACCUUAAGUCGCUCAAGCGCGAUGUCGACAACUUCAAGAAGCUCGGCAUCAACACUGUCCGUAUCUACACAAUCGACAACUCCAAGAACCACGACGAGGGUAUGAAGAUGCUUGACGAUGCCGGCAUCUACCUGGCUCUUGACGCCAACACCCCCAAGUACUCGCUCAACCGUGAGAACGCCGACACCCUCCACACCUCGUACAACGAUGUGUACCUCCAGUCUGUCUUUGCUACUGUUGAUGCUUUCGCCGAGUACAACAACCUGAUGCUCUUCUUCUCCGGAAACGAGGUCAUCAACGCAAAGAACAACUCCAACGCUGCUCCUUACAUCAAGGCCGUCACCCGUGACAUGAAGCAGUACAUCUCCAACCGCCACGAGCGUAUCAUUCCCGUUGGAUACUCUGCCGCCGAUGUUUCUGAGAACAUUGAGCAGCAGGCCACUUACUUCAACUGCGGUACCGACGACGAGCGCUCCGACUUCUUCGCUUUCAACGACUACUCUUGGUGCGACCCUUCGUCCUUCACCCAGUCCGGCUGGGACAAGAAGGUCAAGACCUACGGCAACUACAGCAAGCCCAUCUUCCUGUCCGAGUUUGGUUGCAUCACCAACACCCGCCAGUGGGGUGAGAUUGCUGCUCUGUACUCCAAGAACAUGACUGGUGUCUACUCUGGUGGUCUCGCCUACGAGUACACUGUCGAGCCCAAUGGCUACGGUCUCGUCGAGGUUGGCUCUGACGGCAACAUCAAGCCCAACGCGGAUUUCGACCGUCUUGCCAAGGCUCUCAAGGCCACCCCCAACCCCACUGACGACGGCGGCUUCAAGGAGAACGGCAGUGCUUCCCAGUGCCCUGCCGAGUCUGACGACUGGCAAGUCAAGGGCACCAACCUCCCAUCGAUCCCCAAGAAGGCUGCUGCGUUUAUGGACAAGGGUGCUGGUUCAGGUCCCGGUCUUUCUGGCGAUGGCUCGCACUUUGCUGGUGAGCCCAGCGAGUCUGAGGCCCAACCUGGAUCUGGCGAGCCCACGCGCGCUCCUUCAGCUGGUGCCACUGGCUCUGCCGGUAGCCAGGGUGCCGCUGCUGGCCUCGAGGUGCCCCUCCGCAUCAUCGGUAUGGUUGCUGCGAGCACUAUCUUUGGCGCUGUGCUUCUGUUUUAG